GCCACCUCCUGGGCUCGCACCUCUCACCCACCCCGAGGCUCCCGCUCGGCUGGGCGCUGGUGCCGCCCACCGAGCCUGCGUGGACUGCGUCUCCUCGCCAUGGGCCCCCUCUCGGCUCGGUUGUUGAUGCAGCGGGGGCGACCCAAGAGCGACCGGCUGGGGAAGAUUCGCAGCCUGGACCUGUCAGGGCUGGAGCUGCUCUCAGAGCACUUGGAUCCCAAGCUCCUGAGCCGCCUGACGCAGCUGCAGGAACUGGACCUCUCCAACAACCAGCUGGAGACGCUGCCCACCAACCUGGGCCUGCCCCACCUGCGCAUCCUCCGCUGCGCCAACAACCAGCUGGGAGAUGUCACUGCCUUGUGCCAGUUCCCACACCUGGAGGAGCUCAGCCUGGAGGGCAACCCCUUCCUGACAGUCAGUGACAACCUGAAAGUCUCCUUUCUCCUGCCCACGCUCCGUAAGGUCAACGGCAAGGAUGCUUCUUCCACUUCCUCGCAGGUGGAGAAUCUGAACCGGGAGCUGACCCGCAGGGUCACAGCGCACUGGAAGAAGUUCAUGUCCACACUGAGCCCGGAGGAGGAGGCUGAGAAGGCCCAGGCCGACUUCGUGAGGUCUGCUGUCAGGGAUGUCCGCUACGGGCCGGAGUCCCUCAGCGAGUUCACCCAGUGGCGGGUGCAGAUGAUCUCUGAGGCGCUGGUGGCCUCUGGUGGGACCCAGGUGCAGGAGGCAGAUGUCCCAGAGAAGCCCCCGAAAGCCACAGCUGCCCAGAAGUCCAGGGCCCGGCCAGUGGCCUUGAAACGACCGGAUGCUGUCCCGCUCAACCUCUCCUCCAAUAAGCGGGCGUGCCCCUCGCCACCAGCCAAGGGGGAGGGCAGUCCCGCAAGCUCUGAUGGCAGCCAGCCUGGCUUGCAGCUGGAGCCCCUGCACUUCCUGCAGUGUCACAGCAAGAACAACAGCCCUCAGGACCUGGAGACCCAGCUGUGGGCCUGUGCCUUUGAGCCAGCCUGGGACGAGGGGCGUGCAGGGGCCACGUCCCAGACCGUGGCCACAUGUGGCGGGGAGGCGGUGUGUGUGAUCGACUGCCAAACAGGCAUCGUACUGCACAAGUACAAGUCACCUGGAGAGGAAUUCUUCUCCGUGGCCUGGACAGCCCUGACUGUGGUCACACAGGCAGGUCACAAGAAGCGCUGGAGUGUGCUGGCAGCUGCAGGCCUACGGGGCCUGGUCCGGCUGCUGCACGUGCGGGCCGGCUUCUGCUGUGGGGUCAUCCGGGCCCACAAGAAGGCCAUCGCCACCCUCUGCUUCAGCCCCACACAUGAGACCCAUCUCUUCACGGCCUCCUAUGACAAGCGGAUCAUCCUUUGGGAUAUCGGGGCGCUCAACCACGAUUAUGAAUUCCAGGGCAGCCAGCUGCUGACACUCGACACCACCUCCAUCCCCCUGCGCCUUUGCCCAGUCGCCUCUUGCCCAGAUGCCUACCUGCUAGCUGGCUGUGAAGGUGGCUGCUGCUGCUGGGACGUGCGGCUGGACCAGCCCCAGAAGAGGAGGCCGUGUGAAGUGGAGUUUGUCUUCUCUGAGGGUUCCGAGGCAUCUGGACGGAGAGUGGAUGGGCUGGCAUUUGUGAAUGAGGACGUUGUGGCCUCCAAGGGGAAUGGCCAGGGCACCAUCUGCCUAUGGAGCUGGAGCCAGACCUGGAUGGGCCGGGGCAGCCAGCCCACGGUGGCAGUGGUUGUGCUGGCUCGGCUGCAGUGGUCACCCACGGAUCUGGCCUACUUCUCGCUCAGUGCCUGUCCUGAUGAGGGGAUUGUGCUCUGCGGGGAUGAGGAGGGUAACGUGUGGAUCUACGACAUCAGGCAGAUCCUGACGCAGCAGCUGCCUUUGCCGGCAUCCCCGCAGGCUCCAGUGCAGAUUCUCAAGUGGCCCCAACCCCGGGCCCUGGGCCAGACGGUGACCAAGACCAUGGUGAACACAGUGGUGGCCAACCCCACCUUUACCUACCUCACCGCUCUGACAGACUCCAACAUCGUGGCUAUCUGGAAAAGACAGUAGCCUCGAGCUGGAGCUCCUGCCUCUUGCAAAGCACCAGGGACACAACACAACUUAACUUAUUCAGCUUUUAUAAUGAUGGAGAUAUUUUUACCAGUGGGUGUUUUUAUUAAACUCUCUGUGAGAAGUCGUUGGAGCGUGUUCGUGGGUCCCAUCUUGUGCUCCUACUUUAAGAAGGCAGAACUAGGAGCAGAGACUCAUGAAGUGUAGGGGUUUUCAGUUCCCUCCUGGCAGCACCACCACCCCACUCCCAGUUGUUGGUACAAAAUGAGGUUAUUCUUCCACCCUUGAGGAAAUCUUGAUCUCCCGGCCAAUGUACUUUAACCGUGGGCCCCCAGUAGCUUUGAAAUAGAUCACCUACCUGACAACCACACAGACAGUGGUUUCUGCCACACUUUAUUAGAAAAAACAUCUAUGUACAGGACACAUGGGUGUCGGGUGAGGGGCUUGUUGGGAUAUCUACAAGGAGACCCACAGCUGGGAGAGGCUGCUGUCCUCCAGUUGGUGCCUACAGAAAGGUCCAGUGCAGGGUCAGAAACAGCGAAGCAAGACGCCUUCCACGCUGCUACUCAAUUCCUUCUUGCUUAUCUUUGAUGGCCACCUGGGGGAGAGGAAGAAAGCAUGAGAUGUGGCUGGAACGUGCAGUGAGGCCAUCAGACGUGCAACGCCGGCAACAACAAGUGCGUAGCCAUGAGCUCUACAGAAAGAGCAAGCCAGGAACCCAACAGCUCCAGGGAGCUGGCGCAGCCUACCCCAUUACUUCGCAGCAUGUGGCCUGGAGCAGAGGCGCUCCAGGUGAGCACAUGGCUGAGAUGCCGAGACCUGACAGGCUGCGGAGCUUUCCUUCCCAUCUCAGCUGGGCUUAGAGUCGGUGGUCCCCUGCCAUGAACAGGUGUGACCACACCCAUCUGGCCUCAGCUGUGGGACCCCAGUCUAGGAUGAGCUCUCCUCCCAACCCCCAAAUGCCCUGGAAGUAGCAGGCCUUACAAAUCAGAGCAGCCCCAAGGGGCAUCUGGUCCUUUGCUUCUAUAGAGACCAAGGGGAGGCACAAUGAGAACCUGGGGUACUGGGUCAGGUUCCCAGCCAUGAGUGUAGACAGCAGUCGCAGGCCCGAACUGCACUGUGCUUCAGUCCACACUUCCUGGAGGCUAUGCUGGAAGCCUUUGCUCUGUGCCUAUCGCCACCCCUUCCCACAUAUAAACCAGAGAACUGCCGCCUUCCCGCCCCCCAGCUGCUGUCUGACCCCCUCACCCGGAACCGCUCUUCCAGCAGGGAGAGCUCGCUGAUGAGGUCUGUGAUGGCAUUGGUGAAGGCCUCCUGGGGGCUGUAGUCCGGGGUGGUCUGCACGCGGAUGAUGAUUUUGUGCUCCAAGGGGUGGGGGACUUUGUAACCAGCAAACAGCACCUGUGGGUCCUUCAACAGCUGCCUGGAAUACAGGUAUGAGGUGGCAAGGGGUGAGGGAGGCUGAGCGAGGCUGAGCCUAGUGUCCUUGGGCUCACCAG